AUGAGUACCAACAUUGUUUUUCUUGCUAUUGCCAUGAUGCUUGGGGAUGGCCUUUUCCAAGUUGUCUACAUGAUAAUAGUGACAUCCCAUAGUUUCAUAAAACAGAAAUCUAAAAAGGAAGAAUCUUCCUCCGUAAUGACGGACUGUGCAGAUCCAUCUUCAAACGUCCAGAUUGUGAACUAUGAUGACCAACGAAGACGUGAGUACUUUGAAAAAGAUCAAAUCCCCAAUAAAUUUGCGGUAUUAGGAUAUGUUGCCCUGGCAGCCGCAUGUAUUGGUGCGGUGCCCGCCCUUUUCCCUCAGCUAAAAUGGUACCACAUACUGGUUGCUUACUUGAUUGCGCCUGUUUUGGCCUUCUGCAAUGCCUAUGGAUGCGGUCUCACUGACUGGUCACUUGCCUCGAAUUAUGGAAAAAUCGCCAUCCUGGUUUUCAGUUCUUGGGUUGGGCUAGACCAUGGUGGGGUUCUUGCCGGCCUCGUUUCUUGCGGUGUGAUGAUGAACAUUGUAUCUACGGCUUCUGAUCUGAUGCAAGACUUUAAAACAGGCUAUUUAACACUUUCAUCCCCUCUUUCGAUGUUCUGCAGCCAAUUUAUUGGUACUGCCAUUGGUUGCCUCACCUCACCUUUAGUAUUUUGGUUCUUCUACAAGGCCUAUAACGUAGGUGAUCCAGAUGGUUCGUACCCUGCACCCUAUGCCUUGAUGUAUCGUGGGAUCGCCCUUCUUGGAGUCGAGGGGUUCUCUUCCCUUCCAAAGAAUUGCCUCACACUUGUUAUUGUGUUUUUCAUAGCUGCCAUUCUCCUAAACUUUCUGACCUUGAUCUUGAAGCAAAAUGAAACCAAGUACAAGAUCUACAGGUUUGUUCCGAGCCCUAUGUGCAUGGCGAUUCCAUUCUACCUUGGUGCUUACUUCGCCAUUGACAUGUGCCUUGGGAGCUUGAUUCUCUUCAUAUGGGAACUGAACAACAAGAAAAAAGCAAAGGAACUCGGGCCGGCUGUUGCGUCUGGGCUAAUCUGUGGUGACUCUUUGUGGGGAAUUCCGGCUGCUAUUCUUUCUUUAGCUGGUGUGCAAGCUCCUAUUUGCAUGAAGUUUUUAUCUGCAUCUACAAACAAGAAGGUAGAUGGCUUCUUGGGUUCGUAGUUCAUCAUUUUGCUCGAGCCUCCGUCAAUUGAUGCUUGUACAAGUUUUUAUGCUUUUAGAAGCUUCUAAGUGCAAGGUAUAAAGCUUCUUGGGGUGUUUGAUCGUUUUGUUCGAAAUUCUUCCUAGUGGUACUUCAGGGGAUUUAGACGUAUAUAUGUUUCCUUUAAGUUUGUUAAUCAUGACAGUAUGUUGAACUUUUUUGUUUGGCAAAACAAUACAGGAUUUAUAUUAAGG